UCGUUAAAAGCGAACGCGCUGCGCAAAAGUGAAAACCUAAUCAACGAACGAACGCACAGCAAAAGUCAUGCCGCACAACAAUCAGCAGCCACCCAGCCAGCCCGGCGAUGAUCCGCUGGGACCGCCCAAGGCGGACUUUAGUGCACCACCCCCAUACGAGCCGGAUGCACUGGGUCAUGGGGGUCAGCAGGUGAUGUUGCCGCAUCAGAUGCCCACGUUGACGGUGACGACACAUGCCGGGGAGGUUGUGGCACCGCCUCAGGAGGGUGGUGGCGAGGUGAUGCUGCCGCAUGAGCUGCACGGCAAGCUGCCCACAUACGAGGAGGUGCAGAUGGAGAAGUCACUAAAUGGAGAAUUGCCGCCCGCAUUUUUGACCUUGACACCGACACAACAGUUGCCGCCGCCGCCGAAUCCAUUGUUGCCACUGCCGCCAAAUCCGUUGCGCGAUGGCACCGGCACUGUGCGUGCCGGUCCGCCGGGUCUGACGUUUAUCGCCAUGAAUGCCAGCGAUCCGGAAAACAGUCUGUCCACCACGGACAAUUUAUUGGGCACGGAUAUAAUGUUUAUUACGGCAUUUAUGGUUGCAUUCCUCUUCAAUUGGAUUGGCUUCCUGAUGCUGACCUGUUUCUGUCACACAAUCGCCGCCCGCUAUGGUGCCCUGUCCGGCUUUGGCCUGUCGCUGGCCAAGUGGACGCUGAUUGUGAAGCAUUCGACGGAUCUGGCUUCGCACGAGAACUCGUGGCUGUGGUGGCUAAUCUGCGCCUUUGGCUUCCUAAUUGCCAUACGCGCCUUCAUUCAGUAUGUGAGCAUUAAGCGAUCCUGGCGAUUGCUCUCCGCCUCUGCCCAGGAGCGGCUGCUCUUCUUCUACUAGGUGUGGGCAACGUCGUCGCCGCCGCCGCCGGAGACGGGAGUCUAUUAUAUGUAAAUACGUUUUAAUUGGGCGAGUUUGUUGUGCAGUCAAUGAUGAAUCAGCGGCGACGUUUGUCCUCCUAUUCCUUCUGUUUUCUUUUUUUUUCGAAACAUAAUCAAUUGCGAACUUACUAUUGGUUAGUGUUUCAGUGUAGUUACUACAUAUAAAUAUAUAUGUUAAAUAGCGCAAGUUAAUCCAUAAAUCCGUUAAAACUAGCAUAAUGCAUACGCGUAAUUGUCAGCCGCAAAGUCACCGCCGUAGUGAGAGUCGGAGAAGGAGAACUAAGAAUCCUUCAAUCCACUGCACCCGUUGUUUGGCUAUUUAAUUUUUCCUUGGCCAAUCUAAUUGAUGUACUUUGUGCGUAAUAUUGUAUAAUGUAAAAUGUGUAUAGAUGUCUCUCGCACUGUAGUAGCUUCUAUUCUAAUUUUUAGAAUCAAAGACACAACCAACACAAAAGGGCAACAACACCUACAAAGAAGAUAUAUAUUGAUAAAUCAUAUAUAUAGAAUAUAUGUUUUUCCCGUUGUUGCAUCUAUUUUUAUGCUGUGGUACUUAAAACAGCUACACAAAAGGCAACAACAGAAGUAAUUUGGCUAGUUAAAUGCAUAACUAUUAUAAUUACUAUUAUUGCUAUUAUUGAAACGUUUAUAAUAAAUGUUUACCCCCUUUGUAUGUAAAUUAAUAAAUGCAUUGCAAGGACGCAUAUCAGAAAUAUACGUCAGUUUUAUGCAAAUUAAUAAAAUCACAAAAAAAAAUCAUAAA